CUUCUUUUAAUUUACAUACUUGUGUUCUGUGAUGUUGAACCGCACGACUGAAUUAUUGUGAUUUUGUUAACCACUUAGUUGCUAAGACUGUUAAGGAACUCAACCAGAAGUGUAUAACGAGAAGAAUCAUGUAGAGCAACAAAACGUAUGCAUCGAUCCUUAUGGUAAGCACUGGUUUCAACGGUACUACUUUCCGGAGCUUUACGAAUAUAUAUUGAUUUAUUAUGUGGGUUUAUGAGACCUAACUAAUAGGUAGAAUGCUUACCAUUAGAAAUAGUAUAGUCAUUAUGAAGAUCCAAUCAGAAUGUAUAUUCCCGCCUCUGGAAAUCAGUUAUAAAAUGUCACAGUAUGGAAAUCCUGAGUAAACUGCUGAAUCAUAUAGCAUUACCAAAACACGUUUUCUGUAUUUCUACUGUUGUAUUGUUUUUGCACUUGGGCACUAUGACUGAGGUAUUUCUUGGUGUUGGUUUUAGCAUCACUUUGUCUUACAAUUAGUCAAAGGUUCAUUUUUUAUUGUGCGCAACUCCACUACUUUCUCCUAAACAUUAUCACCAGUCCAUAGGUGUAUGUCGCAUUACAGUAAUAUAACAUUAUUUAGGGAAUAGGCUUAUCCCUUAACUUAGAUAGGUGCUUACUGCUAAGUCUUGAGUAUCGUAUAUUCGAUAUUAUGUAAGGUUGCACACUGUUAAGUCUCAAGAUAGGAUGGAGCUUUAAGUAAGUCUUACCCGAUUUGUAGUGCUUUUUCUAUUGGUCUCAGUUUAGAGUUUGAGCCAUGUGGUUAUCUAAGUUGCUUUAGUGUUAUUUUGUUAUUAGUAGGACUCUAAUAUUUUUCUCCACAAACUACUCAUACCAGUCCGUUGAAUAACUGUCUGACUUGACGAAUCGCAUCAUGCUACUUGUUAUGAACUCGUUUGUCAUGUAAUGGAGUUUGAAUAUUUAUUUGGACGUGCUAUAAGUAACUUGUGCAUAUAUGUAUGUAUAUAUGACUCAUGUGUAUAUUAAAUUUUUGUAUCCCUUCUUUAUUGAUUUCCAGCUACCGGAUUGUAGCUGUUGACAACGAUUUGGUGUCGUUUGUAGAUGUGCGGAAGCUCUCGCCUAAUGAUUCAAGCAAAGAAUGGCCUAUUAUUUUAAUCACAAAUCCGAAAAACGUUAACUUUUUACUCCCAAAAAAAGAACCAUUCCACAGGAUAGAGUUUUCUACGCACAUAAGAAUUCUAGUUUGGUCACUAUCGCCUAUUCUAAGAGUUUCUGUGUCAAUCGAUGGCAUUCAUCAAGGAUUCGCCGAACCAGCUAAUUCACUUGAAAGUGAUAAUUCAACACCUUUAUAUGUACUUCCAUGGAAUACAUCUCAGUGGUCAACCAAUCCGUAUGCAUUUCACGUGAUUGAAGUCACAGCUAGGGACGUCAACAAUAAUCAGCGUACAGUUGUUCAGUCGUUCAGUCUUCGAAAUCGUGCUGUUUUUCCCAUUGGGUUUCUAUCGAAAUUUUUGGUUGCCAAUAGUUUGUCAGUUUUUGUUUCUGCACUUUAUUAUACUUUAUGGAUAACAGUAUUCACGUUUGUGGUAUCACCGCUUUUAAUUCGUCGUCUGAACUUACUUGUACAUCUGUUACGUACAAGACUCGGUAGAGGUAUGUACCAGAUAUCGUCAACCAAAAAACUAUUGCUUCCUAUCUUGGUGUUUAUGGUGUAUCAGAUUUCAUGUCCACUUUUCAUGGGUUAUCUAGUAGCUGAUAAAUUUGGCUUUGUUUUCUCAUUUGGUAUUUAUAUUGACGGUAUUUACAUACCAGAAAGACUGACUUAUGUGCUAGCAGAAAGUCAGCUAUUUGCAUUUGGCUUAUAUCUGUUGUUGUUUACUUAUCAUUGUGGUCAUCAACAAUAUAAUCCAAUUUAUCCAUUGAAUAGUGGUGAGCCGUCGGAGCAAUAUUCAAACAGUGUUUGUGAAGAUGAUAUUCACUCAAAUGUGCUGUUCAUCCGUUUACCAAAAUUUCGCUCUUCAUCUUCUUUGCUUAUCAUAACAGUUAUUUACAUAUCGCUUCAAUUGGUGUUUAAUUUUAUUUUUAUUUGGCUACCCUAUGGUUUUGUAGCGAGCCUUUUAAGUCCAGGACUUGUAAUCCCUGUAUGCGUUGCAUGUAUUUUAUAUAUCUAUUGUCCACGACCUAAUCAUGUGAAACAUUGUAUUCAAUAAAUGUUCAUUUCUUUUUUCAUUUUGUACUGUUUAAACGUUUGUUUUAUUUGAUUUGGUAUAUUUUUACUUCUGUGUGCUCAUUCAGUGAUGAUAUAUCAUAUUUUUUUCUCGUAGUUAACCAAACACAUGUUUUACCAUAGUUGUGAUAAACAUAUAUUUGCAUUAUUUAUUGUAUUAUUGUUUGAUUGUAUCCACUAUGUGUAGUUCAUUUGAAGCAGAAAAAUACUUAUGUGAAAACAAAACCGAAAAGUAAUCAACAUAACUAUCACCUUAAACAAUGUGCUACUUAAACUAUUAGAUUUAAAGAAAUAAAAUUACUUACUACUGAGUAAUUUAUAUGCCUAGUUCAUUAUGUGGUCUUAGUACUAAAACUAGGAACCCGAAACUUCAGUAACAGGUAUUCACCAGGCUACAGCAAUUAAAAUUCAGCAUGGAAUGGUCUAGUAAGAUGAACCGUCUUAUAGCAGGAAGAGCGUGAAUUUUAAAAAGAUAAUAGAAAGGUGUUAAGGGAUAACGAAAUUGGAUAAACCACAGCCAACCUGGUGAGUGGAGUUGUUUUCAUUGACAUCUAAGCAACUGAGAUUUAGUGAUGUCUCCUCACACUUAACUGACUAUCCCCCGGCGAUGAGAUGUAGUUGUUGGAGGGGGUCAUGAUGAUUCACUUGAGAAAUUUGCAGGAAUAUCUGAACUAGGGUGGUACAAAUCGGUAAGUGAUUUACCCGGAUACUGGUUGGACGUUGCAGUCUUGAAGCUGUCGCAGCUAACAGGGAUCGCAAGUCAUGAGAAAGGAUUAUCACUCGUUUUACUUGGGUAUGUAGAAGGUUGCCUUUCAUUCAGGGCCUAUCGGGUAUUAGUAGACAUGUCAAAAAGUGACCCACCAAGAUAAAUUAGGUGACAGUAUCUUCAGUGAAUGAGUUUCUGUUACCCUCAUGAGUGCGAUAUGGGUUCAACGCUAGGUGUUGGUUACACUUUGAUAGCUCGUUUGGCUGGUGGCAAGAGUUAGAGGGGAAUAUAUGAGAUCAGGUAGCAAGCCAUGAAGUUGGGGUGUGGAUACUGUCUGAUUGAACUUCCACCAAAGAAGUGAGUUUACAAUUCACAUGUGGAUUGAGAUGACCUAAGCCAGAUGCCCGGCAAGAGGUGCCACUAGGGGUCGUAUUUCAAAAAUCUUCUACAAACUGAUUGUACAGUGUACCGCUCUUGAUUGUUAAUCUCAUAGUUCGAGGUAUAGCCAUUUGUUUUAGUGUUAGAUUGGGUAAGAUCUGCUGUACGUGGUUGUAAGUUGUUCAGACCAUUUUUAUGUUUUAGAGCCAUUUAUGUUCGGUGGGUUUGUAAAUUUGACUAUGGAAAAUUUUCGUCCUCAAAGUAAUUGCAACUGUGAUCCUGGGGGUUUGAGGUCGAGUUUAGAGUGAGAAAUUUAUUACUACCGUACUUGCUGAUAGUUCGGAGCUUUAUUGGGUGAGUAAUAAUGUAACAAACAAAAUAUCAACACAGAACCAACGAACCAAAGUUUAUUUGACCAGACCAAAUCACGUUCUGUGUAACAUACGAACCGUUUUAGGUGACUCGUAUUAGGUUUUAUCGAAAUGCAAACUCUAUUUUCACUUUAAACGGUUUUAAUUCAUGAAAGGGAGUUAGUUAUACUAAAAGUACCAAAUGCCUCAAACGGUACAGCCUGAACUAUACAGUCAAGGGUUCCCCAAACACAAACUAACCUGAUAAAGAACAGAAGGAAUAAUUAAUAAACAAGGAUUUAAUGCCUGAGAAUCAAUAAAAAUAUUCCCAAAAUGGAAUUGCAUACUUAUGUGUAAAGUUUCAGUCAACCUUUCCAAGCAGACAGUCAGAGGCUAAUAGUCAUACACCAAACUGCAGCGUGAUCCUGAGUUUUGUCAGACACGACCUCAUUGGCGAUUGUCCGACAACAUGCAACAGUCAUAACGUAACGUAAGAUAUAUCUUUAACCAGUGUAGUGUGGACACAGUGUCAAGCCCACAUAAGUUAUUCUAGCCUAUGGACAGGCCAAUCUAUUCAUUCUUCUCAGGAAACAUCUGGCCCUGUUACUUAAUCGCUUAUUAACUUAGACUGUCUUUAUGUGAGCGUAUGUGUGUGUAUUUCUGUCCUUACUCAUCACAUGUCUGUAAC